CCUCGUGCCCCUCGUUCUAUGUCAGCUGCGUGAGGCGCGCGGCUCCUUGUAUGAAAACUGUCAGUUGGGUUUUGGCGUUAGCUCGGUUCUGUUUGGCGCCGACGUCUUGUUAAGGCGAACACCUGUUGUUUGAUAUAAACGACGGAGUCGCAGCUCUGUGAGAGUUCCCCCAGCGACUGACGCCCGUUGUGACUCUACAGCGGAUGACUGUGUUGCUGGAUGAUUUACUCACAUGGCUCCAGGAACAGUAAUGUAAUUCUGGAUCUGUCAAACACGAAUACUUCAGGUCAGCUGGCUCAUUGUCUUGUGCUCAGGCAGAAAGAGAUGAGCUGGGCGGAGGAAGACUGGACAGUGGGGCUGUCUGGACGGGUCCUCCAAAAAGUGAAGGAUCUCCAGGUCCAGCAGGAGCGACUGUCUAGAGAGAACAAGCAGAAACAACUCCAGUUGGAUAACCUUUAUGCCGGCCACGAAAAACAAACUGUGAAGUAUGAUGCGGUACGUGUGGAGCUCCAGUCUAUGCAGAGAGAGCUCCAGAGUGUCCGGGAUGAGGCUAAAGCAGCAGGUACUAGCUGUGAUCGCCUGACCCAGGAGCUUCAAAUCAAGCAGGCUCAAGUAUGCUCUUUGGAAGGCCAGCUCGAGUCUGCUCGAACACUCAACAGCAAACUCGCACAGGAAGUCAAAAGGCUGGAGGCAGAGUUGGAGAAGUUGUUAGCAGACACCACUGUGUAUUCCACACCCUGCUGGAAUACUCACUCACCCUGGGAUCAUAAUGGUAGCAGAAAGGAGGAGAGAGUAGGGCAGCGAGAUGAAGGACAGAGCCGCGCACUUCAUGUCCGACGGCUCCAGUUCUCAGACAUGGCUACAGCUUCAUUGCCCCAACAGCAAUACAAGAGUACAUCCCAAUCAGAGACUUCCACUCCCUUGCCUGCAUUUCCGUGGGAGCGGGACGAGUCCAGGCCAGCCGCCAGAAGACGAUCCCCAUCUUCUCCCCAGACACCCCUCACGCAUGUCGUCAGUCAAGGCCAGUCAGAGGGAGUUUGUGAGAGGGAGUCGGACCCCAGGGCAGAGACAGACAAGUCUUUAUCAGAAAUUCGGAGUCAUGUGUCUUCUCUGGAAGAGGAGUUGUCUGUGAAGGACACUAUGUUGAAGGCGACUCAGGGCGAAAUGGUGCAAUGCAAGAAGGAGCUGACUGCCAAGGAGCUCAGCCUGCAGAAAACACAAGCCCGCAUAACCCAGGAGAGUGAACGGGCAUUAGGAGCUGAGCAGCGUCUGAAGCAGGUGCAAGAAGAGCUUAAAUGUCACAGGCAAAAUGCUGAGAGCAGCCGACUACAGCAUCAGUCGCGCAUUAAGGAGCUGGAGAAACAACAUCAGAGGGAUUUGAUGGAGUUUCAGAAAGAGAGACAGUGUAUGGAAAAGCAACAUCAGCAGGAGAUGAACAAACUCAACCAAGAGCUGCAGCAAGCUAGAACACUGCACAAUGCCCUGCAGGCUCAGGCUGACAAGCUGUCUCUACAGAAGCAGAUGUUGGAGAAAGAAUUGGAUACACUGAAAGAGAAGCUGCAGUGGACGGAGAAACAGCUGCAGGAAAGCUUGAAGAAAGAAGCGCAGACUCAAGCCAAACUCAUGGAAGCGGUGCGUGAGGCAGAGGGUGUGGCCGUGAGUCUGGAGCAGAGCAAGAAGAGAGAGCGAACCCUGGAGGAGGAGGGGAAAAGACUGGCAGAAGAGCUAAAUGAUGCUAUGCAGCUUAUCAAGGAGCUGCAGGAGCAAAAACCUGCAGCACCCCUCCAACCUGUACAGUUUUGCCCUGGAGGACAGAGCAUCUCUUCCCAGCCUUCUUACUCUUAUUCUACUCAUUCUCGACCAUCAAGUCACGCCACAAGGCAAACCAGUGCCUCCCGAACUGAGUGGAAAAGGGAUGAAGGCGUGGAGGAAAGAAGGGUGGAGAUUUCAGCAUCUUACCCCACCGACAGAGAGCCUGGUGAGGGUAUCGACUCAGAACACAUCACUGUUCCUACCUCUCUAGACUCUGAGAGUUUCCAAAAGGGAAAACACCAAAAGAGAUGUAAUGAGGACGAGAACAAGCGUAGAAAUGACUGUGAAAGCUGUGGGACGGACAAGCACACAAUGUUUGACGAUGUAACGCCUACUUCCUCUGCUGCUGAUACAACAGCUAACAGCUCUAUGUCAGACCCUGCCAAGGCUUCUGAAGACUUCAAAAGGGAGAAUGCCAUGCUGCGUUCAGAACUGUGUGAUUUGAAAGAAGAACUCCAAAAACGACUCGAGGACUUGGAAGCCCAACGACGAGCCGAAGCAGAAGCCAGGACACGUCUCAAACAGCUGAGCCGCAAACGUGCUACCCAGGUAGUAGAGAAAGAGGAGCAGGAGAAGGUAUGGAGGGCACAGCUGGAGAGUGAGAGAGCUGAAACAGAAAGGCUGAAGAAAUCUAUGGCUGCUCUGCAAACUGAGAUAAAGAAAAGCAGGGAGGAUGGAGAAAAGAAGGGAAGAGAGGAGCAGGAGGAGAAAAACGAUGAACUUGAAGAAAGGAAGAGUGAAAUGAUCGAGCUUAAUAUCCAGCUGAAGACGCAGUUAGCAGAGAUGAAGGCCCAGCUGGCCAUGGAAAGAGAAGAGCGAAAGAGAGAGGAAGAAGAGCGGCUUCAAAUGACCAUCAAAGACAGAGAACAAAAGGAGGAGUUCUUCAUGAAAGUCUCUGAACUUCAAGCUGAACUUCAAGAAGUAAAGCGCAGAAGAGAUUUAUUGGAACAUGAUAAAGCCUCAGUUCCCAACAGUCCCCUUACCUACUUAACUCUUCAUGAUGAUGAGUUCAACUCCAACAUCGUUGACUGUGACAACGACAACAUGCGUCUCCUCUGUUCGUCUACAAACGAACACAACACACUUAUUUCUCAGGUAACUGCAGAAGACAUGCAGGAACACCAACUGGUGACAGAUCCUGAAGGCUCUACUCUGUCAGUUGAAGGUCAAUCAGGACAACAAGAUAUGAGAAACAACUGUCAGGAAGGGUGUUUGCUAUCUGAUCACAAAAAGGUGGAGCUGGCUCCCUUUGACUUGGCAAAAGAGGUGGAGCGUCUGGAGAAGGAGAAUGCAAAGGAGAAGGAACGAGCGAACCAGUACCAGGUCAAACUGGAGGCACUGCAGAACCAGGUGACACGUCAGACACAGCAGCUGACGAUGGCCUUUGAAAAGCAGAGCCAGCAUAUCUCAGGUCUUCUGACAGAGCUGCAUGAGAAGGAGAGUGCCCUUGUCAGCCAAGGAGAGGAACUGCAGCACCACAGACAAGCGCUGGAUGCACUCAAGGCCAAAAAAGAGCAGGAAGAAAGGGAAAAAUCAGAGGUGAUGGACAAAGAGGAUCAGGAUGAAGAACAACAGAGGGAUAAAGAGGAUUAUGAUGAUGAUGAUGAUGAUGACGAGAGGUCAUUGACAAACUCAGGGCUUCCGCCAAAUCAGGACAAGGAAUGUGCUGUCCUCUUGGCAGAUGAGGACUUAAAUAUACAAAGAAAAGCAGGUACAUUAAAGACUGUGGCCUCUGGGCCUGAAACACCAACAUCUGCUAGCUGUGAAGCGCAGUCGUUUGGGUCCGAGCACUCAGACACAACAGAUUCAGACAAAACUCUGAGUAGCAGUGACUCUGCUUGUGUUACGGGCGACAAUGAGUGGACUCAAAAUGGAGGAACAGCUGAUGUGGUUGCAGAACUGCUUGCCCUCCAACAAGAGAAUCACCUUCUGAAACAAAGAAUAGAGACAUUGACGAUUCCAGACAACAGCAAACUAGCUUUAAAUAAAAGACAAGAAAUCUUACAGGACAUUGGUCUUGAACAAGUAGAAUCAAUAGUGCAGAAUGAGAGGAUGAUGGAAGGUGAACAAAGGGAAGAUGAAAGGACACCACGAGAUGAAGAAGGACACGAGGACGAGUCUCAGCUUCAGAUCAGGCACCUGGAGCAACAGGUGGUGGCGCUGCGGGCCAAGGUUUGGGCUCUCACGGAGCAGACCCAGCAGCAGGCAGACGAGCUUGUUGUGUGGAGACUGGCCGCUCAGCCAGCUCCAACAUUAGAGACUCAGGACCAGUUCUGUGCAGUCCCACAUUCAGACCAGCAGCCCGAUGGCCAGGCUCAGCAACAGCUGCUGGGUCCUCAGGGAGACUCUGGUAAAAUGAUCGUCACCAGGGAAGAUGACUUAUUCCUCUCCUGCUCCUCCAACAAACUGCAAGGCCGCAUGUUGUUCUCCAGACUGGAGCACAUCAAUGUUUCCGAAACAAAGAUUCUUUAUCCGUCUGAAAAGACAUGUGCAGUUCAGCAGCUAGACACUGGUGACAAGGAGUCGGAAAAAGAAAACGGAGUCCAACGUACCAUUUUAUCAGAAUACACAGAGAAGUCAGACAUUGGACUAAUCCAGAUUUCAGAAAACAUCCAUCAACACCAAAUUACCAAAGAUCUCCUUGAAGUCUCACAAGCAUGUAGGGCCAAAUCAACAGAGGCUCAGGUGUUAAAUCAAGAGGUCAACCCAAACAUUUCUAUACAAAUCGUUGAGUCUUCAAAGACAGACAUCAGCACAGAAAUGAAAAGCAUUGGCAGUCAAACAGAGGAGAGCCUCUGUACACACAGCGGCCGAGCAGCAUCUGAGCUGCACUGCGUGUUCACACAGACGGAGGAGGAGGAAGAACACAUGGAGGACUCCCCGCCGCUCUCUCCUGGCCCAUUAUCUGAGGCAGCAGAGCCAGGCGACAAAAUGCUGUUCGCAAGUUCUUUUCCCAUCCCGGCUGAUCCGGCCCGUCUAGCCGAAAGAAUCCGUCGUAACAGGACGCAGCUGUCAGCGGCCUUUGACGACACAGAGUAUGAACCCUAUGGGCUGCCGGAGGUGGUGAUGAAAGGGUUCGCUGACAUCCCCAGUGGCCCCUCCUGUCCCUACAUUGUGAGAAGAGGCUUAUUAGGGACAACUGUGGUACCAGCCUCUCAGAAGGAGCCAGAAGAAGAGGAGACGGAUUGAAACUUGGUUUUAUGCCCCAAGAACUACACUAUCAGAUGUUGAAGGAACUGGACCUGACAAUUAACUUUAUGAAUGGAUGAUUGUGGAUCUACUGGACACUACACUACUGGCAGAAGCAUCCAAAACGUCUUAGAAGCGGAUAGUUGAUCCUCUAAUUGUUGGGUGUGGACUUUUCUGGUCGUUAUAAUGCUGUGACCUUCCACCCACCUGUAUGUUCAGGUGCAGAGGUGGAUAAUUAGUGGUGUGUGUGUUGAAGGUAAUGGCUACUUCUUUCAGAGGGACUGUCUAGGUUUUGGUAAUUUGAUUUAAUCUGUCGCCCUCGUUUCAACAUACCACUGCCCAUUUAUCUUGUCAAGUGAUUUCCUUCUGUUGUAAAAGUGAAUCCAAGGGAAGCCUGAAAAUGUGAUGAAUACUUGAAGGGACUUUAUUAAUGGAUACUUGAAUGUGUUUUAGCGGAGGCCAGCAUUUCCAGAACCUUUGUAGACGCAGGGUGAAUGUGUGCAAAACGUUGCCUGCGAAUAUGCACAUAUGUGUUGAAAUACUGAUGGGGUGUGCGUGUGAGUGUGUGCGGGACAGAGAGAGAGAGAGAGGGGCGAGCGAGUCUGACUCAGUCUACUUGUGUUCUUUCCGAUCCAUGUAUGGUGAGGCACACUGCUCUCUCCUCUCUUCUCCUGCUGCUUCACUGUCGUACAAUAAAGAGCUUUGCAAUUAACAUUUGUUUAUCUCACUAGCAGAAUGUAUAGAAAGAUUCCACUUCCUUUUGAGUAAUAAUUUAUUUGAUUGGCCUUUGAUUUAGUUUCUUGGAGGUUUCUGUGCCAUAGACAGCAGUAGUUAAUAUUUAUGUACAUAGUAGAUGUGUUUGUUUUACUAAGUAUUUUUGUUAUGAGGUUCUUUUACUUAGUGUAUUUGCUAUAAAGUUGUCCCAACUUGAUCUGCUUUGACUGGUUUAUGUUAAGUAUAGGUUCAAAUUGUUCACACAUGCCUAGCAGGGUCAGGUUUAGCUUCUCCUUUUCUUAAAGUUUCGUUAAAGUUGUUAAAGUCUUUUACCAGAUGCUGCUACAGUGCAGUUCAUUUGCACAUUAAUGAAGCAUGUGGCCCAACGUUGGUUGAUGGAGUGACCAUUCACAGGGUAGUUGGUGGUCAGUCGAUGUUGAAUAGACACAGAAAUCACUGAGGAGGGGAAAUAAAGUUGUCUGAUUCAUUUGACUGUCUGUUUUAAGUCUAGCCAUUCUCCAAAAGCCUGUUGUGACUGUGCCUUUGCCAAAUCCAGUGUGUAUCAAACUUCCCAGCACAAUGUUUCUUCUUUGUAUGGUUUCUCUGGACUGUGUGGUUCUAUUAUUUAACUGUAGCUCAGAAACGAAUGGAUCAUUACUAAAACGAUUGUGACUUUUAUUUAUUAGUGGCCAAUAUGAACAGAGAAAACUAUGUUUGUUCAUUAUUGACAUUAGUUUGAAUUUAUAUUGUUUGUACUUGAAAGUGAACCUCUCAAAAACUGUGCUGUUUUUCAAUUAUAUUUUACAGGAUUACUUUAAAAUAGUUUGAGACACAUUUAUGUGGAAUUUCAUGUGGAUUUUGUUUGUUUCUGGCCUUCGCUUGUUGACUGAGAACAGAGUGGACUGUUGCCGCCCUGAUUCGUCAUCAUCGUCUGCCGUGUUGAACCAACGCGUACAGUACUUGCCUUCAAACCUCUGGGAUGUGUAGUCUUCUGGCUCUGAGGUGGAACUCAGACUCCUGAGGAACUCGCUGUGGAUCCUCUUGCCUUAUUUUGGACACUUUAAAUGAAAUAUUGUAUCUUGUGUUUGCUGUAUGAAUAAAUGCUUGCUUAUAAUUUAA